AUGCAGUUCGUACGCAAGGCCGAAGAGGCCCUAACUGGCAAGAAGGACGAGUCACACGAGUCCACCAAGUCCUCCAACCAUGGCCCUCACAAGUCAAACUUGGCCAACAAGCUCGACCCCCGUGUUGACAGUGAUAAAGACAACCGUGCUGCCCACACCGAUGUGACUGGCGCUGGUCAUGGUGCAACCCAUGGCACAACUCCCGCUACAGGCACCCAUACCUCUACUCUAGGCUCUAGCACUACCCACGGCACCUCAGGUGCGACUAGCACCGGCGCUGGCCUUGGAUCUACCCACGGCACCACUGGCAGCACCAAUGCCGGCCCCCACAACUCCAACAUUGCCAAUAAGCUUGAUCCCCGUGUCGACUCUGACCGUGACAACCGUGCUCACCACGAGGGUCUUACUGGUUCUGGCACUACACACGGCACCUCAGGUGUGACUGGCACUCACGGCACCACCGCUACGGGCACACACAGCACCAACACUGGUCCUCACAGCUCCAAUAUUGCCAACAAGGUUGAUCCUCGUGUCGACUCUGACCGUGACAACCGUGCUCAACAUGGUCUCACUGGUGCUAGCACCGGUGCCGGUCUUGGGUCUACUCACCACACCGCCGCUACAGGCACCCACGGCACCACUACUAGCACCAACGCUGGUCCUCACAGCUCCAACAUCGCCAACAAGGUCGAUCCCCGUGUUGACUCUGAUCGCGAUAACCGUGCUCACCACGGAGGUCUCACUGGUGCUAGUACCGGUGCCGGUCUCGGAUCUACUCAUGGUACAACCGGCACUCACAGCUCUACUCUAGGCUCUGGUACUACCCACGGUACCUCAGGUGUGACUGGCACCGGGGCAGGUCUUGGAUCUACUCACCACACCGCCGCUACAGGCACCCACGGCACCACUACUAGCACCAACGCUGGUCCUCACAGCUCCAACAUCGCCAACAAGGUCGAUCCCCGUGUUGACUCUGAUCGCGAUAACCGUGCUCAACACGGAGGUCUCACUGGUGCUAGUACCGGUUCUGGCCUUGGAUCUACUCACCACACCGGUGCGGGCGCUCACAGCUCGACCCUUGGCUCUGGACCUGGUGCCACCCACAGCACUAUCCAGGAGCAGCCUGUCUACACUACCGGUCCCAUUGCUACCCCCGGCAGCAGCAGCACAAACGCUGGACCUCACAGCUCCAACAUCGCCAACAAGCUGGACCCCCGCGUUGACUCGGACCGUGACAGCAGUGCUAAGCAUCAGUCUACUCUCUCUGGUGCUGGUACUACUACCCACGGUACCCACACUCGUGGUACUACUGCCCCCACUGGCUCGCUUGGUGGCUCUGGUCUUGAUACUGCUGGUCGUCAGGAUGCUCUUGCUGGUAGCAGUUACAAUGCUCCUGCCGCUGGAACUACUGGUACCACUGGUACCACUGGUCCUCAUGGUUCAAGCAUUGCCAACAAGCUUGAUCCCCGUGUUGACUCGGAUGUUACCCGCACUGAGAAUGAGCGUCUUCGUCAAAUCUAG